ACCUGGGAGCCAGUUGUGCUGGGGAUUCCAGUAGUGCCGCCUGGCCAUGUCCAGUGCCACUUGCUCUCCGCUUAAUAUAAAUUUGUGCAAAUUUGUGUGUAAUAAACCGGGAUGCCGGGAGUGUACAAAUCCGCCAGCGACAGCAACUCAAAGGCACCGCAGCAGCAGUAGCGAAUUUCUGAGCUAUGCGAAAAUGUCAAGCAUUUUGUGCCUCGAAACUGUCAACGGCAACCGCAAACUAUCGGCGGUAAGAAGGACCCGCAUCAGAGAAGCCCUUAACCAAGCCAGUUGUGAGCAAACAAAUUAGUGUUUAAUUAUACAUAGACAGUGCCGUGGCCAACCCAGCCCAACUCAGCGCCACCAUCAUUAAACGGGAAAAAAUGCAUCAAAGCGGCGUAAAAUGAGUGAAAAAUCCAGCGAAAGCCAACAGCGCAACAACAGAGACAAACACAAGCACAAAGCCAGGCAGAAAAAAAGAGGACAAAAAGCGGGUCAGAUACUAACCGCAUUAGAGGAUGCAGAAGCGUCCGAAAGCGGAAGUGAAGCGCGUGACGGGGCCGGCCAAGCCGCCUCGUCUGAAGGCCGCCAAAAAGCAGUUGCAGUUCGAGAGUCCGCUGCCGCGAAGGACACGCGCCAAGCAGCGGGAGCAGCAGCAGGACAACGACCAUCCUCCGCAGCAGGAAAAGCAGCAGCAGCAGCAGCAACAGCAACUGCAAAGGCAAGAGGCAGCAGACAAAGUCAUUGCUAUGCCGGGCAGCAGCCAGGAUGCGGACACGGAUGCGGCAGCGGAAGCAGCAGUGGACGUGCCAGAAACAGACCCAGAUCCUGCCCAGCUCACGGUGUCGCAGUCACAGUGCUCAUCCUCCGCUGCAAGAAGGCGUCUCGCCGAGGGCUGCACCAGUCUUAUGUACGCCUGUCAGCGGGGCGACAUUGUCCAAGUGCUCGCCCAAAUGCGCGAAAAGCCGGAAUUGCUGCGGCAGCGGGACCGAAGCCACCGCAACGCGCUGCACUACUGUGCCGCCCAGGACUCGGAAGGGAGCAAGGACCUCGUGGCGGCCGCCAGCAUUGCGAUCGCAGCCCCCGAGCUGCUGGAGUCGGCGGACGAGGAUGGCUUCACACCGCUCCACCUGGCCGUCAUCCAGGGCAACCUGGCCAUGGUCAAUCUGCUGCUGGCCAACAAGGCGGAUGUGAACGCGGUGGACAAUGAGGGCCACUCGGUGGUGCACUGGGCCACAGUCUGCGGGGAGGUGGAGUCCUUGCGAGCCGUCCUGGCAGCAGGAGCCAGCGUGGCCAAGCCCGACGCCAAUGGUGGCACUCCGCUGCACUAUGCCGCCCAGAUGUGCGGCGCCAGUCAUGACAGCAAGCAGCAGGCCAGUUCCAGCAGCAGUUCCAGGCUCGCCCUCGAGAUCCUGGGCAUCCUGCUCUCCCAUCCCCAGAGCAGUGUCGAUGUCCAGGACAAGGAUGGUCGCCAGCCACUGUUGUGGGCCGCAUCGGCGGGCUCGGCGAAGGCAGUGAUUGCCCUGGUCAAAGCGGGUGCCCGCGUGGAGUCGUCGGAUAAAGAUGGCCUCACUGCGCUGCAUUGUGCUGGUUCCCGAGGACACACCGAGUGCAUUGACACCUUGAUUGGCCUUUGUGGUGCUCCCACGGAUCUCAUCGAUUCCAAUGGGUGCACAGCACUGCACUAUGCCGUAACCUUGGGCCACGCAGAUGCCACUGCAAGAUUGCUGGACCUGGAGGCUGAUCCCAAUCGCCAGGAUCGCAAGGGACGAACACCUGCCCACUGCGGCUGCUCCAAGGGUCAGUUCGAGACCUUGAAGCUGCUGAAGGAGCGUGGUGCUAAUCUCUGGCUGCGCAAUGCCAAGGGCGAUCUGCCGCUCCACGAGGCCGCCGCCUCGGGUAGAAGGGAGCUCCUGGAGUGGCUCCUUGCCCAGCGGCCCAAGCAGGUGAACACCACCAGCAAUGAUGGACGCAGCUUGCUGCACAUUGCGGCUGCCAAUGAUUACACCGACAUGUGUAAGCUGCUGCUGGACUACGGCGCAGAUGUGAAUGCCGUGUAUCGGAACUCACGAGGAUUGGUCCUAACCCCACUGGACGGAGCUCUGCAGCGUGGUCAUCGCUCCACGGCCAAAUUCCUGCAGGCCAACGGCGGUCAGCCGGCCAACAAGGUGCGCUUGUCGAGCAGACGGGCUGGGAAUCCCUUUCACGAGACCAACGCUACCGACAUGGUCAGACCCCUGAAGUAUGUGGAGAAGGAGGAGCUGCACGAUCUGCGCAGCUCCAAGAAGUACGUGGUGUACCUAAAGCGCACCGAUUCGGAUAAUGGAAACGGGAAUGGUAAGGAGGACGAAGGAGAUGGGGAUUGCAGUUGCUCGGAGCAAACUUAUCGAAAGGAGCAGCGAUUGAGGCACGUGUGUCGUCGCCACAAGAGAAGGCAACUGAGGAGGCGCACCAGCAGCUGUGGCGAGUCCAAGCACGAGCGGUGCAGCGAGAUCUGCCGCUCCAAGAGCAACAUCGAGAUUCGCAGGCGAAAGUCCAGGGAGCGGUAUGCCAGCUCUAGUGAGUGGGAGGAGGAGAGUGCGGAGGACUCCUGCGAAAACUGUUGCUACCACAAGCGACAAAAGGAUCGAGUGGUCAACCGCAAGCGCUCCACGUCCUCUAGAAAGUUGAAAAACCGAGACAACAGCGAUCCGGACGAGGAGAAUCACACGGCGCACUCGUCGCCGGAGAAGGGUUCGCGGAAGCCACUCACUGUCAAUGGGGAUCACCAGGCUGGAAACGGCCAGGAUCAAACCAGUGGCAAGGAACGACCACCAUCCGCCAGCAGGCAUCAAACGCCACCCACUAAAGAGGGCACCUUCAUCAAGUCACCAACCCAGAGCGCCAAGAGCGAGAAGUCCGCACAAAUGGAUAAUCUCUUGGUGGAGGAGUCUCAUGCUGUGGAGCUAACAGAUGAGGAACAGGAGGCAGCCAAGUCGGUGGUCACACAGGUAGACGUCCAUCACGAUGCAGAGGAGAUUCAGACUUCGAAAUCUUCCGAAGAAGCAACGCUGGCAGAGGAAAAUGGCAAGGAGCAGGAGUCGGAGCAGGAGGCCAAGCUCCAGCUGAGUGAGGAGGAGACGCAGCUGGUCUCCAAGGAGGUAGAGCAGGUGAUCAAAAUAGCUGCCACUGCGCUGAGCAGCGAGUCCAAAAGUUCCAGUGAAGAAAAGCAGCUUGAAAAGGCCGCUCCCAAAGAGGGUCAAGAACCUGGGGAAAAGCCUGAAAACGAGGUUAAGGAACACCAAAAACCUCCAACACCAUCUGCACCGCCCCCCGAGCCAACCACACCACCACCACCGCCCAAGGAGGAGGCCGCAAAGCCACCAAGUGCCGCAGAGCAACCACAGCCUAAUGCCAACACGGUCGAAGGGGCGGAAUCUGUGGCUACAGAGCCAGCUUCUGUUGGCAAAAAAACCGAGCAGAUGGAGCAGGCUGCAGUCAUGCCGAAACCAAAUACCAGUCCUAGUCCCACACCUCCACCCACCGCUGCUCCAGCCGCUGCUCCACCUGCUCCUCCCACUGCAGAGCCCAAAAAGCCACCAGCAGCACCGCAGCCACGCCCAUCCACAGCCCAAACGCCCACUCCAGCCCAGCCGGAGCCACCGCAAAGGGAACAGGAGACGAGGCGCUCUUUUACACUCCUGCCUUCCGAUUCGGCGGACGAUGACCCACUUCUGAAUCCAAAUUCAAAUCCAGCAGCCUCAGCUUCCGACGAGCCGGCCGGCGAACGGAAAUCGAGCUUUCAAGUUCUGAAAAGCGAUGACUCCCUGGAUGGAAGCACAAAGAGAUCCGGACGCAAGGUCGACUACGAAGCGGCCAAUCAAGUCUUUAAGGUGGUUAGCGAAGCGGCUUCUGGCGUCCAGCUGCCCAGCGCCGCUGAGCUGGAGAAGAUGGACUACGAAUAUGAGGAGUACGAGGACGAGUACGAUGAUGAUGAGAGGGAUGGCAUGGAUCCGGAGCACGAUAGCGCCUUGCGUCGCUUUCUCAGCAGUGGCAAUCGACAUGGAGUGGGAGCAGGAGCAGGAGCAGCCGGAGGAUCCUUGGCGGAUGAGGCAAGUGAGGGCAAUGGCAGGAAGCGACGCCUCAAGAAGCGCGUGCGCAGCGGCAACAAAACGCGCAGCAACUGGAAAAACUCUCAGGACUCGCGCGAUGGCGGCAACUUGGCCGCCUUGGCCACCACCAAAGACCAGGAUUCCGGUUUUGAGCCCAGUCCGCGGGCAGAGCGCAGCAAGAUACCCACACUGCGCUCCGCCCACACCGCCCACAUGCCGCGUCGACCCAUCUACGCCACCUUGGACGGACGCUCCUGCAGCAGCCGGCUGGAAAACCGCAAGCCGGGAGACAAGGGCGCCUGUGAAAUGGGCGCCGUCACCAGGUCCAUACAGCGCAAUAUAAGGAGAUAUUACAUGGAACGCAAGAUCUUCCAGCAUCUGCUGGAGCUCAAGUCGCUGCAGAUUCGCUCCAGUAAGCUGAACGAGGCGGUGCUGGUGAAGCGGGCGGUGGAUGACUACCACAAGUCCUGCGUCCUUUUGGGCGGCGAAACGGGCACGCGACUCCGGCGCUACAACUUCAGCGAGUACACGUUCAAGAACUUCGAGCUCUUCCUGUACGAGACGCUUAAAGGACUCCAGCGUCCCGGCACCAACAACUUCCAGAACAUCAACGAGGUGUACGAGGAGGCGGAGCGCCGACUCAGUCCGGAUUACAAUGCCUACGAGAAGGCGCUGCAGUGCACCACCAAGACGCACCGAUGUCUCCAUGCGGCCCACGCCUACACGGGAAUACCUUGUGCCGCCUACAUUCCCAUGAUGAAUCACCACACGAUGCCAAAGUUCGGCUUUGGACCCUACAAGAAGACGGGCAGCGUGAGCAGCUUCUUCCUGCCCAAGAUCCUGACCAGCGGCCGCGCCUCCAGCGGCAGGGUGGGCGGCUUGGGCAGUGCCAGCGCCGGCCGCUGUAACCACAAGGUGGCGCUGGAGCUGUCGCACGGCAAGAACAAGCAGCUAAUUUCACUGCCCGCGGAAAAGCUGGACAGCAACAAACGAUAUUACGUCACGUUCACGGUGAAGGACUCCUCGGGGCCGUCGGCGCACCAGCAGCAGCAGCAGCAGUGCGGCAAUUCCGCGGGCGGCAAGUAGCGGGCGCACUUCACAGGCGAAUGCGUAUACGUAAUGUGGCGCACGGUGCGUAUACGCCAUCGGCCAUCGUCGCGGGAUCCUGCGCCCGCAUCUACGGGCUGCAUGGGCUGUCGCUGGUGGUGCCACUGCUGCUGCUCCAAGUGCAUUAAAACAAUGCCAACGCAACAUUUUGUGUCGCUGCUCCCGCCGUUGUUGCUGCCAUUGUUGUGGCCACCCGCGUUGCCUUUUUUCCAUGCGCUUCCUGUCCUGCUGCUGUAGUAAUGCCACGGAAAAUGGGAAUUUCUGCAGGCUGUAUAGCGCACCGAUACCUAUUAGUUUGGCAUACUCAAAGCUUUUCAGCACUUGACAAUUCUUCGGUUUUUUAAAAGGAGUUUGAGCAGGAAUUAAUCUAAAUUGUAGCUUUCAUUGCUUGCUGCUCAUUGGUAAUUCGAGCUGAUAACAGGGUAUUUGGCUGUCCAGCCAAUAGCCCUGAGCACCGCUGUUGUUUCUGCCGCUGCACUUUAAGAUGGCCAACUGCUGAUAAUGGAUGAUGGCGCUGCUCUGCGGCUGUCAGUUGAAGUUGUCACGCCAGCAGCGAUGCAGCGGGAAAAGCAACAGCAGAAGCAGAAGCACCAGCAAUUGCUAAGGCAACGGCAGCUUAAAUUAUGUGGUCCUCCAACCCCGGACAGUUCAGAUGUUCAGUUGUUCAGUUGCUCAGUUGCUC